CAGUGGGUCAGCCAGCAUAAACUUGUUGGUUACGUGUCAAGAAAGUACCACAAGUUUCCUCUCCACUUCUCAGGCAAGAGCGCAAUGAGUCAAGUGUCCAAGCUAAGCCCUAAGCUCUAUCUCUCUCUCUCUCGUGCCCCUCUUCCAUUCCCCUCGUGCGCUUCGCCUCGCAUCGCUUCUGUUGUCUGCCCAUCUUGCUCAUCGGCUUUCUUUCUGGAAGAAGAAACAGAAUGAGUGUUGCAGUGGAAUUGUUAGCUACUCGAAACCUUAGCUAUUUGCAGUCAAAGAGAGCUUCUUUAUCUUCUUCAAAGUCCUUGUGUCCUUCUUCGUCUCUAAGGCUCGAACGUUUGCUUAAACCUAGGGGUUACAGAGUUGCGAUUGAAGUUCCUGCUGUUUUUACUCCUAAAGACCUAGGGAUUGGGAUUGGUUUUCCUUCUCUCCAGCGAAGGAAUUCGUUGAACCGAUCGAUUGUGUCAUUUGCUGCCUCCCACGAAGAAUCGCAUUCAGAAAUUGAAGUGGACAAGGAAAACUAUGGUGAUGAGUUGGGAGCCGAAGAAUCACAAGAAGUUUGGAAAGAGACGCUAGCUUCUUUCAAAGAACAAGCCUUGAAGAUGCAAAGUGUGUCUCAAGAAGCAUACGACGUAUACUCCAAGAAAGCAAUGGUUAUUUUGAAAGAAACAUCGGAGCAGUUGAAAAUUAAAGCAGACAAGGCUAAAAGUGAUCUGGCCGUGCUAGCUAAGGAGGUGACCGAAGAGAGUAAAGAAUUCCUAUCAAUAGCUGCUCAGAAUUCCCCUGAACCAGUGAAGGAGGUUGUGGAAACGUUUGCUUCCUCGACUGAUGAUCUGAAUGAUUUUUCUGGAAUUCAUGACUUCCAUCUUGGAAUACCUUAUGGUUUGCUUCUUUCUGUUGGUGGCUUUCUUUCCUUUAUGUUGAUGGGCAGCAUUUCUGCUGUUAGGUUUGGUGUCAUUCUUGGUGGUGCUCUUUUGACUUUAAGCAUAUUGAGCUUGAGAUCAUACAAAAAGGGACAACCAUGUACUUCAGUUGUGAAAGGACAGGCAGGAAUAGCAGCCCUAAUCUUUCUUAGGGAGAUAAGAUUGCUGUUUCAGUUCUUUCUUUCUUGGCAGAAAGCUUCUAUUUUGACCUUUUUCUCAACCGUCAUCAGUGGCGCAAUGGUUGCAUUCUUUCUUUAUAGAAUUAAUGUGAAUGGUAAGCAGAACGAAGGAUCAGACAUGGGACAAGGAGCUGAAAAUUGAUGAAUUUGUUGCAGGUUGGUUGGAUUGACAUGUGCCCAUAGAGAUAUGAACACAAAAUAUGAAGGCUUCUAGAUUAUGUUAGCUGUGAAGAACAGAGUGAAGUUUCAGAGGUGAUGGUUUGUUUGUGGAGCAUUAGAGUACAGAAGUGGGUUUUCAAGUACGAUGAUAUGGAAAAAGAAUUGAAUAAUCCAAUGGAUAUUUCUCCCGCAUGCGGGCUUAAAAUUGAUGGUGUUUUUGCCCUUGUAUGCUACAGGUGUUCAUUUCUUCAAGGUUGCUUAUCCAGUUCUUGGUGUUAAUUAGUAAGAAGUAAAUGCAGAAGCUUCCUGUUCUUGGUCAUA